AUGCAGCAGCAGCUGCUGCGAGACUGUGAGGCUCUUCUUAACUGCAUGGGCUUAGCUGCUGCUGCAGCAGCCCCGGGGGGGCCCCCCGUGCUUGAUCUGUACAGGGCCCGGGGGGCCCUCGAGGGGCCCCCAACUCUCCCAUUACAUUCCAGACAGGGAUUGGGUCCCAGGAGGGGCCCCCCGCCUCGGCCUGCGCAGAGCCGGCGUUCUGCGUUUGCGCUGGAGCAGCAGCUGCAGCAGCAGCAGCAGCAGCUGCAGCAGCAGCAGCUCCAGCAACAGCAGCUGCAGCAGCAGCAGCUCCAGCAACAACAGCUGCAGCAGCAGCUCCAGCAACAACAGCUGCAGCAGCAGCAGCUGCAGCAGCAGCAGCUGCAGCAGCAGCAGCUGCAGCAGUUCCUCAUUCAGCAGCAGCACCGCCAGGAAGAGCUGCUGCAGCAGGAGCUGCAGGAGCAGCUGCAGCAGCAGCAGCGGCAGCAGCAGCGGCAGCAGCAGCAGCAGCCGCCGCCGCCGGAGACCGACCUUGGAAUAGAGGGUCUCCUGGCCCAGCUUGCGGUGCUGCCGUUGCCGUCCACGGCAGUGCAACAGCAGCUGCAGCAGCAGCAGCAGCUGCAGCAGCAGCAGCAGCUGCAGCAGCAGCAGCAACUGCAGCAGCAGCAGCAACUGCUGCAGCAGCAGGUGCAGCAAGAACAGCAGAAGGUGCUUCGGGAGCAACUGCAGCAGCAGCAGGUACUGCUGCAGCUGCAACAAGACUUCUCAUUUUUGUUCAGUUCCUUCCCCGUGGGGGGCAUUGGCUGCCCCCCAGGACUCAGCCCAGGGGCCCCUUCCUUUGUAAGUUCUAGCGGCAGCAGCAGCAGCGCUGCUGCUGGGGAUUGCCGUCUAGAUUCUAGAGGGCCUUGUUCUUUGCUUCGCGUUUCAGAGGCCCCCGGGGCCCUCCCGGGCGAGUGGAAGAGCAGCAGCAGCAGCAGCAGCAGCAGCAGCAGCAGCAGCAGCAGCAGCCCGGCCGGGGCGCACAACCCCAGUUCUGCUUCGAGCGCCUCUUCCUGCCCGCAAAUCAACAGCAUUCCACAAAAGGAGGCCCCAGAGGCCCCUUCGCCAGAUCAGUCUUGCUUCAGGUGA